CCCGUAGUUGCGCAAGUGGCACUGAGGCAGCUAUAAGAGGGGCAGGCAGGCAUGGAGCCCCGGAGGAAUCCCCGCGCCAGCAGCUGCAAGGCCCAAGAAGAUCCCAGAAAGGAAAAUGUGCUGGAGACCCCUGUGCCGCUUCCUGUGGCUUUGGUCCUAUCUGUCCUAUGUUCAAGCUGUGCCUAUCCAGAAAGUCCAGGAUGACACCAAAACCCUCAUCAAGACCAUUGUCACCAGGAUCAAUGACAUUUCGCACACGCAGUCGGUAUCCGCCAAGCAGAGGGUCACCGGUUUGGACUUCAUUCCUGGGCUCCACCCCAUCCUGAGUUUGUCUAAGAUGGAGCAGACUCUGGCAGUGUACCAACAGAUCCUCUCCAGCCUGCCUUCCCGAAAUGUGGUGCAAAUAUCUAACGACCUGGAGAACCUCCGAGACCUUCUCCAUCUGCUGGCCUCCUCCAAGAGCUGUUCCCUGCCUCAGACCAGUGACCUGCAGAAGCUAGAGAGCCUGGACGGCGUCCUGGAAGCCUCACUCUACUCCACAGAGGUGGUGGCUCUGAGCAGGCUGCAGGGCUCUCUGCAGGACAUUCUGCGACAGUUGGACCUUAGCCCUGAAUGCUGAGGUUUCAAGGACCACCAAUCUCCCAAGGAUUGUGUUGAGGGAAGAAACCUUGGCUUCCAGGUGUCUCUGGGAGAGGAGAGCGGUGUGUGCACACCCCUCAUCCAGGACUCGGUCCAUUUCUCUCUCACACUCGUCUAGGCCGCUCUUCCGAAGGCAUGACUCCACAAUGCUUGACUAAAGAUAGACACACGAUUCCACGAGCACUAGGAGGAGGGCCAGUCUGCAGAGCUGAUUCUCACCCAGUUCUUCAGCAAGUAUAGAUAAGAGCCAUCCUGUCCCCUCCCUGUUCUACCCGCCUGUCGGUACAUGCUUUACUGUGACCCAGGGGAUGGGAAGAAGGGGUGGGUAGAGCCUUUGGAUUGUCUCAGAGUCUCUGGGGAGCACCAUGAAGGCUGCAGCCACACACAGCUGGAAACUCCCAAGCAGCGCAUGUUGGAAGCGCUUAUUUAUUUAUUCUGCAUUUUACUUUGGGUGGAUUUGAAGCAAAGCAUUGUUUUUUGUUUUGUUUUGUUUUUUGUUUUUGUUGUUGUUGUUGUUUUUCAGGCUUUGGGGUCAGUCAGGG